GGUGAGGUGGGCAUGGGAGAACGAGCCCAGCUGACCAGAGACCCCGUUUUCUUCCAGACCGAGGGGGAAGGCGGUGGGGCCUCCCCACCCACCCCACAGAAGAUGCAGUUCUUCGGCCGCCUGGUCAAUACCCUCAGUAGUGUCACCACCUUGUUCUCUAACCCUUUCCGGGUGAAGGAGGUGGCUCUGGCCGACUACAGCUUGAGUGACCGGGCUCGGGAGGAAGGGCAGCUGAUUCUGUUCCAGAACACUCCCAGUCGCACCUGGGACUGCAUCCUGGUUAAUCCCGGGAACUCACAGAGUGGAUUCCGACUCUUCCAGCUGGAGUCAGAGGCCGACGCCCUGCUGAACUUCCGGCAGUAUUCUUCCCAGUUGCCGCCCUUCUACGAGAGCUCCCUCCAGAUCCUGCACACUGAGGCUCUGCAGCACCUGACCGACCUCAUACGCAACCACCCCAGUUGGUCGGUGGCCCACUUGGCAGUAGAGUUGGGGAUCCGUGAGUGCUUCCAUCACAGCCGUGUCAUCAGCUGCGCCAAUAGCACGGAGAAUGAGGAGGGCUGCACUCCCCUGCACCUGGCCUGCCGCAAGGGCGACGGGGAAAUCCUGCUGGAGCUGGUACAGUACUGCAACGCCCAGAUGGACGUCACUGACAACAAGGGAGAGACUGCCUUCCAUUAUGCUGUCCAGGGUGACAAUUCCCAGGUGCUGCAGCUCCUAGGAAAGAAUGCAUCGUCUGGCCUGAACCAGAUGAAUAACCAGGGGCUGACCCCCCUGCACCUGGCCUGCCAGAUGGGGAAGCAGGAGAUGGUCCGUGUGCUGCUGCUGUGCAAGGCUCGCUGCAACAUCAUGGGGCCCAGCGGCUACCCCAUUCACACGGCCAUGAAGUUCUCCCAGAAGGGAUGUGCUGAAAUGAUCAUCAGCAUGGACAGCAACCAGAUCCAUAGCAAAGACCCUCGCUACGGAGCCAGCCCCCUCCACUGGGCCAAGACUGCAGAGAUGGCCCGCAUGCUGCUGAAACGGGGCUGCGACGUGAACAGUACCAGCUCCACGGGGAACACAGCCCUGCAUGUGGCCGUGAUGCGCAGCCGCUUCGACUGUGUCAUGGUGUUGCUGACCUAUGGGGCCAACGCAGAUGCCCAUGGUGAACACGGCAACACCCCGCUGCACCUGGCCAUGUCGAAAGACAAUGUGGAGAUGAUCAAGGCUCUCAUCGUGUUUGGAGCAGAGGUGGACACCCCGAAUGACUUUGGGGAGACUCCUAUAUUCUUAGCCUCCAAGAUCAGCAAACUUGUCACCAGGAAGGCGCUCUUGACUCUGCUGAGAACCGUGGGGGCCGACUGCCGCUUCCCACACCUGCAGGGGGUCCCCGCGGAGCAGGGCUCCACGACAUCACAUCACCCCCUCUUCUCCCUGGAAAGAGUUCAGCCCCCGCCGAUCAGCUUAAACAACCUAGAACUGCAGGAUAUCAUGCACAUCUCCCGGGCCCGGAAGCCAGCAUUCAUCCUGAGCUCCAUGAGGGACGAGAAGCGGACCCACGACCACCUGCUCUGCCUGGACGGAGGGGGUGUGAAAGGCCUCGUCAUUAUCCAGCUCCUCAUCGCCAUUGAGAAGGCCUCAGGCAUGGCCACAAAGGACCUCUUUGACUGGGUGGCAGGGACCAGCACGGGGGGCAUCCUGGCCCUGGCCAUUCUGCACAGUAAGUCCAUGGCCUACAUGCGAGGUGUCUACUUUCGAAUGAAGGAUGAGGUGUUCCGGGGCUCAAGGCCCUAUGAGUCGGGGCCCCUGGAGGAUUUCUUGAAGCGGGAGUUUGGAGAGCACACCAAGAUGACGGACGUCAAGAAACCCAAGGUGAUGCUGACAGGGACACUGUCUGACCGGCAGCCAGCCGAACUCCACCUUUUCCGGAAUUAUGAUGCUCCAGAGUCUGUACGGGAGCCUCGUUUCAGCCAGAAUAUUAACCUAAAGCCUCCAACUCAGCCCUCAGACCAGCUGGUAUGGCGGGCAGCCCGAAGCAGUGGGGCAGCCCCCACCUACUUCCGUCCCAACGGGCGCUUCCUGGAUGGUGGGCUGCUGGCCAACAACCCCACACUGGACGCCAUGACCGAGAUCCAUGAGUACAACCAGGACAUGAUCCGCAAGGGUCAGGGCAACAAGGUGAAGAAACUCUCCAUCGUUGUCUCUCUGGGAACAGGGAGGUCCCCACAGGUCCCUGUGACCUGUGUGGAUGUCUUCCGUCCCAGCAACCCCUGGGAACUGGCCAAGACUGUAUUUGGGGCCAAGGAACUGGGCAAGAUGGUGGUGGACUGUUGCACAGAUCCGGAUGGGCGGGCCGUGGACCGGGCCCAGGCCUGGUGCGAGAUGGUCGGCAUCCAGUACUUCAGAUUGAACCCCCAGCUGGGGACAGACAUCAUGCUGGACGAGGUCAGCGACACAGUGCUGGUUAAUGCCCUUUGGGAGACCGAGGUCUACAUCUACGAGCAUCGGGACCAGUUCCAGAAGCUUACCCAGCUGCUGCUCUCUCCAUGAGGCCACCAGGGCCCCAGCCACCCCCACCCCACUGCACCCCCCCAGUCCCUGCUGGGGAGGCCAUGUGAGGCCCAACCACUGCACUACUGGGCAGAGCUGGGGUCUAGGCAGCUCUGCACUCGUAGCUGGACUGGGAGGCCUGAGUUUCCUGCCUGAGGCUGGUCCUGAAGGCCUGUAUCCCCCAACCCCCACCAUCUGACAUUUUUUGUCAUUCCGGGCUUAGAAAGCCUAGAGCCCCACUCGGCCCCUUUUCCUGACUGUGAAGGAUGACUGACUCGACGGGACCCCUUGCCCAUCAGCUCAAACACUAAGUGUGCCUGCACAUGCCCCCAGCCUGGCCCCAGCCUCCAGUGAGCAAGCCACCCUCCCAGGUUCCUUAGUGGGUACAACACCCUUUGUCCCCUACCCUCUUCCCUGGGGGCUGGGCUAAGGAAACAGGCACCCCCCCACCCCACAGCAGGGAAACCCAGGCUCCAGGAGCAGGAGGCCUCAUUCAACUUUGCCCCUACAUGCAUGCCUUGCCACCCCGCCCCUUGGGGCCACCCCACCCUCUCAAAGGUCACCCCUUUGAGUUGUUAUUCUUCCCGAUGAAGCAGACUAACAGUGGGGAUAGGCUGUUGGGGCUGCCCCAAAGCUGUGAAAUAAAUGGUUUGGAUUCAAGUUCA